GGCCCACUCCCUAUUGAAAUGAAGAAUUCGAUGGCCCCAUUCUGGCUACAUGUUCGACCUCGCGGGUGGAGAAUCCGCCCCGAACACCAAGAUCCAAAUAAUGGACCAGUCGCUCGAGCCUCAAUCAGAGCACCACCGGUGCAGGCUCUGGAAAACUCUCUUCUACCACUCGGCUAGCUCGACACCAUAUCACCAUAAGGCAGCCACUACGUCCCGCGCGAACCUCAACGCCCACAUUUCUAACACGAUCUACAAUGCCACCGGGAUGAACGGUGCCGCAAGGGUACCGCCGCAUGGAAUAUCCCCGUCCCACACUCUUAACACGCGAGCCCAACAGUCAACACGAGGGGGACCCCCGGGGAGCGCAGCUGGAAACGAACGUAGAAAUGCCAACAUAUAUAACCCCACGGGACCUACUCCCCCACCCCUGACAUCAAGCAGGAGUUUCGGCAGGGCUCCUUAUAUGGCUCCUCACAGUAUGCCACCGCAAUCGAAGGCACCGAUGACGGGGAUAGGCACAGUGAUGAGUACGGCCCGCACACAAGCGCCAAGUCCACCAUCUUCACAUAAAAGUGGUGGUUCUGCAUCGCAAAGAUCGAGUAUGGGUGAUUCGCAGCGAACGAGUUUUGCCACUCCUACAGGAAUGUAUUCCUCUGGGCCGGGCACUCAGGAUGUCGGUGGCCGGGUGAGCGACUGGAAGGAGGACGGGAGGCAUGUUGCGACCGUGGGAGGUAAGGGUGGAGGAGGGAUGAAGGGAUUUCUUGCGCGGUUGACUGGUAGUAGGACGGAUAAGACAGGCAAGUCAAAGGAUUUCUGACUUGUAACGCUGUUUAAACAAGCACAAAUUUCGAUGGGAGAGUGCUCCUUGUGUCC